GUUCGUGCUCUCUAACGCCAAACCGAGAUAUGACGGACUACGAUGAUCGCGGUAACUGCGCGUCCAAUAUGUAUUUACCGAACUGCACGUACUAUGUGUCGGCGCCAGAUUUCUCAACUGUGUCUUCGUUUAUACCGCAGUCCACGUCGUGCCAAGUUAAUUUUCCAUACUCUUCUAAUAUAGCUCAAGUCCAACCUGUUCGAGAAGUGACUUUCAGGGACUAUGGACUGGAUCACCCGAGCAAAUGGCAUUACAGGGGAAAUUACGCUUCCUACUAUUCAACGGACGAGAUAAUGCACCGAGAUCUGCUCCAUUCAUCAAGCAGGGCGGAAAUGAUAUUCAAAAACGAGUCUGUGUACAGUCAUCACGGCGGCACGAACUCCGCGUGCAAUUUUUUCACUAACGUCGGCCGAAACGGAGUACUUCCUCAAGGCUUUGACCAGUUUUUCGAAACUGUUAACGGGGGAAAGACCAACCCCGAGUACUCCAGACAAAAGACUGAGCUUACUGUCCCCGGAGAUGCCGCAUAUAAUAAAGUGUCCUCAGAUAGCGCGGAUCAGACGAAAAGAGACACUGAAAGCACAGAGGAAGAAUCUUCACUAUCAGCAUGCGAACAAGAGGGGAAGAACAACGGCUCAAGCACAAAGUCCAGAAAAAAGAGGUGCCCGUAUUCAAAAUAUCAGAUCCGAGAACUUGAACGAGAAUUCUUUUUCAACGUGUACAUAAAUAAAGAGAAGCGCCUCCAGUUGUCAAGAAUGCUAAACCUUACAGACCGACAAGUAAAGAUCUGGUUCCAGAACAGAAGGAUGAAAGAAAAAAAACUCAACCGAGAUCGUCUCCAGUACUUCACAGGAAAUCCUUUAUUCUGAAAUUAUUAGUCUAUUUAAGCAGACCAUGUUCAUGGCUUUCACCGAGCCACGAUUAUGUAUGUUAGUGGGACAAUAUGCAUUCAACCGAAACAGAUACGCAAGCUGAACUGUUAGGUAUGAUGUAUACUUUUAACUAUGCAAAAAUGUUGGUAGCCUAUUACAACAAUGAACUCUUACCUCUGUAAAUAAAAAUUAUAUCCAUACCAAGCAAACGUUCAAAAAAGAAAUGGUACCGAACGAUCGACAAUCUUUUUCUUGUUUUGUUGUUUAAUUGUGGUUGCUACAAAAACGUGAUCGUAUUGUAUCUUUUUUUUAUUUAUUACAAUUUUAAUGGUACAAGGCAACGUAACGAUUGCAGUAAGCAAAACAAAGUUUGAUUACAAUAAUCAAUGCGUGUUUCCAUUAGUGUAGAAUUGUUUAUGCAUUUGUUUCGGUAGCAUGACGUGUAUUGGUGUAGUAAAUAAAUAUGAAUACUUCAGAAAAUUUCUGAACUUUUAAGUGAUAGCUUGUAUUUUGUGUGAGAGAAUGUGCUUGACGUUAUAUUUUUAUUAAAUAGAUUUCUUUUUAAAACAUUGAAAGCAGAAAUGUGCAUGCAAAUUACUAAACAUAUUCUUUAAAUAAACAUAUUUACACUUCGAUCUUUUUAAUGGUAUAAUAGUGUAGUUUGUCGACGCAUUAAGGGUGUGUGCAGAAACAAAAUCAUCACGAUGAAACCCGUGAAAAGCUAUAUAGGCCUAACUAAGGCAGACGCCUCGAGUUUUUUGUUCUUUUACACUAAGGGUGUUUACCAAACCUUGAACCGCGUCUAGACAGUUCAAUAAAGUCUAGCUGUAAAGGUCUAAAUUGGGGGCUAUUGUACCCUCUGGCCAGUCCAAAUGCGACGUUGGCCCUAAACCCUGCACAAAGUUUUCUUUUUUAGACAAGCAUGUGGAUGUUCAUAAGUCCUAUAGAUUUGGAGAGAUUUAGACAUUCUCAUUCAAAUUAUUUAGUAACGCAAAUGAAAACUUGAUAAGUUUGGAAAAAAUGGUAAGUUUUAAAACGACGCAUCAUCGCUGCGUUAGUGACAUUUGUCAAGGUAAGACUUUAAUAUUAACAACAAAGGGUUCCUGUUAUCCUACUAUCUUAUGGGUCAGUGUUGAAAAGUAGAUACAAAUAUGAAAAUCGGUUUUGAACUUCCGUAAUGUCAAGGUCGCCACCCUUAACCCGUUUGUAAAAUAUAGGCGCUUUUUCCGUUGUUUUCUAUGAAAAACUACGCCCUCCAAGAAAUAAAAUACUGCAGCAUGAGCCAACAUGGCCGCGAAGCACUACGCUUCCUUCCAUUCAAGACCUGCUUUCCUCAGCCUUCUACACUGUGUAAUCAAAACAAGGGUUCAGUUCCCUGUUAAAAAAAUAAAUCUAAAAUAUAAAUAAAUAAAAAUAAAUAAAUAUAUGUCACUGUAUCUGGUAUCAUUUUUUAUUAGAAUAACUUGAUAGUAGAAAUGCCUAUUUAGACCUUAUAUUUAUACACACGUGUACUAAAAUAUCAUCACUAACGGUUUUGGUUUUCUGACAAAAAUAAUGUUAACUGCACAAAAAGAAAACGCACGCUAUUAUUCAUUUAAAAAAAGCGGUUUUUUGUUUUUGUUUUAAAGACCUAAACCAAAUAAAAAAUCCCUUUCAUGUAGUCUCAGCCUGUUACAACAACAAAGGCUCGCGUCGAGAGUGUAUGAUUUACAAAAACAAUAGGCCAGAUAAAAGUUAUAGAAUU